AUGGGCGACACCCGGGUGCAAAAGAUCAUCUCAGAGACAUUGGAAGAGUGGAAAACGUUCUGGGCUCCUGCAGCACCUGUCCCAACAGCUGACGCUGAGCUUCAGGAUGAUGGCAAUGGGCCCACAGAAGCUGCUGAUGCCGCUCCUGCUCCGCCCACACGUGAGCAGCUUCUCGAGAAAGCGGCCGAGGAAGAGUUGAAAACCUUUGUGGGUGCCAUCAUCUACGAUGGGGACGAUGCAGCUGCACUUCUCAACAUGCUCCAGUCGCAGGUUGGUCUCAAAGCUCCUUUGCCUCAAGAUGGUCGCAUGGUCCUCCACUGGGAUGCAGCGAAGGAGCUGGAGGCUUCAGAGGCCUAUACGAAGUCCCACAAUGUCUUCUCUAGAAGACCCGGCAUCCGCAAGCAGCGGGCAUCCUUCAUCCGCAAGAUUGCAGAUGGAAUCUUUACCGAUGUGCCCUUGCAUGUGCUGUUGUGCUUUGAUGGUGGCUCGCAUGCAUGUGCCAAUGAGAUCACUCGCCACAAAGGCUUUGAGUGGAGCAAGUUGGAAAUGAUGCCCAUUGCCGAGUCAUUGACCCAGCGUGAAACUUAUUGCUGGGCGGCUGGUGGCAUGAAGCGCAGAAAGACGUCGGUAGCGGGCGUGUCAGCGCUGUCUAGGCUGGCAGGCCGCGAGACAGCAUUGAUGGGCGUCAAGAAGGACACACCAGCUCCAAAGGCCAUGCCCUUUAAAUGGAUCGAUGCUUCGGUGCAGCGCAGCUGGGUGGAUGCCAAUUCCAUUGCCAAAUCCACGGGGGCUUUUCGCAGUGACCGUUUCGGAGAAGCGGCAGGCAAAAAUACGGGCCCCAUGAAUUUUAUGGCAUGGUCUUCUGCCAUGGACAUGACGAACCAGAAGGACAAGGACAUGGUCGGAAAGCACGACAACGGUGCCAGUGCCAGCGUAGUGGAGGACCUUCAAGACGGUGCAAUGGUGCCGCUUUCAUUCUUUGAGCGGGAGGUGGCUGUGGCAAAGGAGUUAUUGAACCAGACGUCCUGCGCCAGGCUCAUUGAUUGCAGCCCUAGUGGGACAGAUAUGUGCUUCGCAGCCAUGGACCUCAAGAUUUAUACCUGUGUUGUUUGCAAGUCUGCGCAGCAUUUCGACAUUGUGCAGAAGGCAUUGAAGCACAAGUUGAUCACGGCAAUGAACGAUUCCCUGAAUUCCCGGUUCUUCUUGAGCAAUGCCAGACUUGGAUUGGGAGGUGAGGGUGAUGGUGCCGGUGGUGGCACCACAAAUGGCACCACGACUGGUGGCACCAGGGCUGGCACCACGACUGGCGGCACCAAUGUUGACAAUGAUGGGAUGAUUGAGGACGAGCCAGCUCCACCCAACAGCCCAAGUGAAGAUGACGGAUCCAGCUCUGAGUGA